AUGAACCAAUUAGCUACAAAACGGAAGAAACAAAACAAUAUUAGUCGAGAAGAGCUUGUUAACAUGGAUAAAAAUGAUUUAGUUGAAAAAUUUAUCCAAUUACAGGCUCAUAACAUACAAUUAAAAAAUAUUAUAAGUAAGAAGAUGACCAACGAUUUACAAUGUUCUUCAGAAGUAAACCAAAAUAAAUUUGAUUUCAAUAAAUGUCACUAUCGUAGAGUGCUCUUAAAAAUUAUGUACUUUGGUUGGGACUAUCAAGGGUUGGCAGUGCAAGAAGAUACUACAGAAACAAUUGAACAUCACUUAUUUCAUGCUUUGAUGAAAUCAUGCUUAAUUAGAAAUCGUGAAACAUCCCAAUACCACCGAUGUGGAAGGACAGAUAAAGGUGUUAGUGCAUUCAGCCAGGUUAUCUCAAUUUCACUGCGAAGCAAGUACCCACCAUCUCAACAGAACUUGACUGAUUCAAUAGAAACAGAAAUGCAAUAUUGCAGGAUUCUUAAUCGUAUUUUGCCAAAGUAUAUUUACGCAGUAGCAUGGAUGCCAAUACCAGAUGAUAAACCCGAGUUCAGUGCCAGGUUUGAUUGUAAAAAACGUCAAUAUAGGUAUUAUUUUCCUCGAUCAAAUCUCAACAUAGACAGCAUGCGAGAGGCCUGUACCCAUAUUAUUGGAUUGAAAGACUUUCGAAAUUUCUGUAAGAUGGAUGUAGGCAACGGCGUCACUGAAUUUUGGCGUGAAAUCUUCAAAGCCAAUAUUUUUCCCGUGAACGAAAAUGACAAGCAUGAUGAAACAUCUAUGUACUGUUUAGAAAUAGAUGGUAAUGCAUUCCUCUGGCACCAAAUCCGCUGCAUCAUGGGUGUGCUUAUCCUCAUUGAAACAUCUAUGUACUGUUUAGAAAUAGAUGGUAAUGCAUUCCUCUGGCACCAAAUCCGCUGCAUCAUGGGUGUGCUUAUCCUCAUUGGUCAGGGACAUGAGACACCUGAUAUUAUUAAUGAAUUGUUGGAUGUUGAAAAGAAUCCAAGAAAGCCACAGUACAACAUGGCCUUAGAUAUACCACUAAACCUAUUCCACUGCAGCUAUGACUUGGAGGAGACGAGUGAAUGGAUUUAUGAUGAUGGUAAUAUUAAGUCUUUAAUCACGACACUUCAAGGUGAAUGGUCAAUUCACAAUAUAAAAACAACAAUGAUACGCGACGCUCUUCAACAUUUGGAGGCUAAAUAUCGGAAGAAUAAUAGAGAAUUGUGUAAUACUGAUAAAGAAAGAGAAAAUGACUCUUUUGCACAUAUCAAAUGCUUGUUACAAGGAGUGAAACCUAAGGUUUAUACACCAUUGUUGAAGCGAGACAAAUGCUCCAGUUUAGAAGAAAAAAUUGAAUUCUUUAAAAAGAAACGAAAGAUA